AUGGACUACCCGUCGUAUCCCAUCCAGCCCAACUCCCUCACCGUCGGUAUCCCCGACGCGUUCAAUGUGUACGCUGGACCGAACCCAUAUAUCCAGCAAGUCGAUGCUGGCCCACAACCUUUGCAGCUUCACGCACCGGUUCCGUUGCCGAGCCAAGCGCCCAUACUCUACCCCGAUUUCCAGCCGGUCGAGGCCCAGUGCCCUCAGCCGCAGGAGCAGCCAGUGCUCUACUCGCCGGAAGCGCAGUUAAAUGACACCUCGCGUGCAAUAUGCGAGCCGCAAGGUUCUAUCAUCAAUCCAGACUUCUGCUCUGUGGACAUGGCCCAGCCCACUUUCCCUACCCCUAGCGAGCUCCUGGCCGAGCUUGCAGCCAAGGGCCUGCCGCCGAUUAACGACGAAUUUGGUUCGGAUGCUCGAUCUGAGACAGCUCGGAAGGCGCGCCGACGUGCGAUGGCAAAAAGUGUCGGCUUUGUCCCCACUGACCCGGACACCAUUUCUUCCCAUGAAAAAAAGCGCCAUUAUCUCGAAUGCCUUGAGCACUAUAUUCUCUACCUUCACCAACAGUUUGAGCUUCUCGGCGUCACCCCUCCCGCUUUGGAGCGUGUCCCCUCCUAUCGCGGUCUCAGCAGCCAAUCUAUUCGAACCCUUCUCGUGCACAUGGAGCACAACACCCGACGUCUUAAUGGGCGCACGCUCGAGGAAGAGCAACGGUUUAUCGGGUUGCGCAACCAGGUCUUCAGUCGCGAGGGUGGCAACCAGGCCGGUGAUGGGUUCGAGAGUCGCAUGAACGACCUGAGCAUUUGA